UUUCCACUUUUUUGUGAGGAGGAAGAUAUAUUUGAUCUUUGGCCGAAGGCGGGGACGACCAGGCCUUUUUUGGGGGGGAGCUUUUUUGCUUUUAUUCCCCAGUUGAUGCGAGGGGGGACCAUGCUGAGGACUUUGAGGAAACUUAUCCCUCGGGGAUACAAGCUGGAACUGGAUGGCUUUCUCCACCCCAGAAGCUGGCAGAGGACAAUGUCAACCCAGAAUGCCCAGCUUCAACCAGAAAUGCUUAGAGCUGCCUUCGUUACCAGCGAGAAUGACCCAGCCAAGCACGGCGAAGACCACAUAGGUCGCUACUACACCCUCUCGUCCGAGGAAGUGAAGCAAAUGCUCCCCCAUGGGCUUCCAACUCGCUUCAAACUCCAGAUGAAAACCUUCAACGAAGCUUGCGUCAUGAUUCGACAGCCGGCGCUAGAACUCAUUAGCUACCUAAAACACGCCAACUUGGCUCAUCCAGCCGUCCGAUAUCUCCUCUAUGGAGAGAAGAGCACAGGAAAGACCAUGGUUCUCUGCCACGCUGUCCAUUAUUGUGCCAGGCAGAACUGGGUCAUCGUUCACAUUCCAGACGUUCACCUCUGGGUGAAGAAUUGUAAAGAACUGCUGCCAUCUUCCUACAAUCCCGAGCGAUUAGACCAGCCCAUGGAAGCGGCAAACUGGCUGAAGAAUUUCAGGAUCACCAAUGAAAAGAUUUUAGCCCAGAUCAAAACACAACAGAAGUACGUAUGGGGUAAGCGUGAUGUCACCGAAGAGGGCUGUUCUCUGAUAGACUUGACUGACAAGGGCUUGGCUUGGGUGAAAUACGCCAGCGAUGCCAUCGGGGUGAUCUUGAAAGAGCUGAAGCAGCAAUCCUGCCAAGGAUCCUUCCGGCUGCUUGUGGCGGUGGAUGGAAUCAACUCCCUUUGGGGGAAGACGGCGUUGAAACAUAACAAGCAAAACGUCUCUGUGGAGGAGCUGACGCUGAUACACAACCUCAGGAAGAUGGUGGCAAACGACUGGACAGGAGGGGCCGUCGUAGCCACCCUCAGCCAAACAGGAGCACCCGCCACGCUCCGACAUUUUUAUUUGCCGCACGAACUGCUGGGACGGGAUGGUUUUGCCGCCCUGGAGCCUUUCGUUCCCAUCCAGGUUUGCGACUACACAGAUCUGGAGUUUGAGAGUUGCUACCAGUAUUAUCUGGAACGCAAGUGGCUGGGGCAUGAAAAAGCCGGCACCAAGGAGGGUCGAUUAGAGCUCCGUUUUCUGUCUGGACGCAACCCCGGAUUGUUUGAGCGAAUCAGCGCGAUUUUGUAGCCAAGGAUCUCUCCCGACACACGGACCUCACGGCUUAAAUUCCCUUGUAAUAAAUGCUUUCAAAGCUGC